AUGUGGGAGAAGAACAAGGAUGGAAGCUACAAGGGUGUUCUAUACGCUCUCCCAGAUAGAGGAUGGCAGGGCACCAUAAACUACCAGCCCCGGAUCCACAAAUUCGGGAUUACAUUUACACCUAAGCCCAGCGCUACCGUCGCAGCUCCCUCCGGCCCUAAUCUUGUCUUCACGUACAUGGAUACCACCCUUCUCUAUGGGCCGGAUGGGAAGACUCCAUGUACAGGACUUGAUGCCGAUCCCACUGGCCACAUUUCCUAUCCUGGAUUCCCUCCCCUUCCUGGAGCUACGUUUCUUGGUGAUGGAUGGGGUAACGGGAAUACUAUUCAGCGAGCAAUCACCAUCGAUGGUGAAGGUCUUGCACUUGGCAACGACGGAACUUUCUGGAUUAGCGAUGAGUAUGGGCCAUACGUUUACCAAUUCAAGCCAAAUGGAAAGAUGAUCACAGCUAUCAGACCCGUAGAUGCGAUCAUUCCUAUGCGGAAUGGAACCGAGUCGUUCUCGGCUAACUCGCCGUACCUCUUCCCUGGUCCUCCUGGGUUCGGGAAUGGUGUUAUUCCAGCUGACAACCCCACUGGUCGCGAUAACAAUAAGGGUUUCGAGGGAAUGACAUUGAGUGGAGAUAGAAAGACAUUAUUCGUUGCUCUCCAAGCAGCAGACAAUCAAGAAGGUGGACUUAAGGCUACAGGUCGUCGCUAUAUCCGUCUUUUGAAGUACGACAUCACCGUCUCCUCCUCACCACGCUUCGCCCGUGAAUACGUAGUUCCCCUCCCAUUCCAAAACGCAGCACAUACUAAAGUUGCGGCCGAGUCUGAGAUCUUCCAUAUCCAAGAUGGAUCCUUUUUCAUCCUCGCACGAGACUCCGGUGCUGGUCAUGGACAAGCCAGCCCAACCUCCGUCUACCGCCACAUCGACAUCUUCAACGUCGACCUCGCAACCAACAUCAAAGGCCAGCAUGAUUGCUCUACAUGCGCCAUCGCAGAUGCAAACGGUGUUCUCAACACUGGCAUUACUCCAGCCGAGUACUGCUCCUUCAUCGAUUUCAAUAUCAAUGCACAGCUUAACCGCUUUGGCGUCCACAACGGCGGUGUGCAGGAUCAAUUCCUAUUGAAUGAGAAGUGGGAGAGUAUUGGAAUGGUGCCUGUUGACGGGAAGCAUGGCGAUGAUGACGAAUGGUUCGUCUUCAGUUUAUCUGAUAACGAUUUCAUUACCCAGGAUGGCUUUUUGAAUUUCGGACAGAGUCCGUAUAAGGAUGCAAGUGGCUUCAAUCUUGACAACCAGGCUCUGGUUUUUAGGAUCAAGCUCCCGAUCCACUCGGCGCCAUUCCCAGUGUAG